AUGGCCAAGAACAAAAUAUACAAGGGGCGAAGCCCAAAUGUGGAGCGGUAUUUAAAUAGUUGUGGCCGCGAAGUAGAUAUCUCGGGGCUAAUUGCGCCAAAUCUUGCUGCUGGAGCGAGACUCGCAGCCAAAAAUGAGAGUCAGGCUCUGGACGAGAAGACUUCCAGAACAUACGAGCUACGGCUCAUCGCACUGGAGCAGUUCGCGGCACAGAACGGAGAUGAUGCCAUUCUUUUCGGCCCAAACAAAAGGCCCUUUUUAGCGGCCACAUUGCAAACCUUCAUGCGUAAGUAUUACUUUUCAGCACCGAUCUAGUAAUUACAGUAAUCGCAAGUUUCGAGUUCUCCAAUGCACAUUUGGUUAUGUCGGCGUUCUUUAAAGAAAUAUUUGAUCAACGCUGUUUAGUUCGUACGCAGUGUAUUCCUUAGAUAUUUCGUUGGUUAUGACAAAAUUAGCUGAAAUAAUCACGUUGUUAUUGGUUUUUAUUCGUGAGGGAUCAUGAGGCCGACGAAUUUAGGCUCGCCGGAUGUGCAACUGAAACACGCGGUGACGUGUGAAAUUCUAAGUUUUCAACUUUAAAUGCAAUUGUAGUUUAAGAUAAAAGUAGGUGUAUUUACACUAUUUUUAACUGACUUCUGUUUAUAGAACAAUGUCGAACAAUUUCGUUCUCAUAAGUGAUUAUUUACACACAUUAACAUUACGCAGUUUGCAAUAACGCAAAACCUGGUAAAAGAACAGUAAGAAACGCGAUUCAAAAAUGUGUUGCAUCUAAUAGAGCCAUAAAUUGCGUUAAAUUGCGUUAACGCAAUAUAUGGUAUAAAAAGUAUGGACUAUAGCCUUUACUUUUUAUACCACAUAUUGCGUUAACGCAAUAUAUGGUAUAAAAAGUAAAGGCUAUGGUCCAUACUUUUGAAACCACAGUUUGCAAUAACGCAAAACCCGGUUAAAGAAUAGAACUGAGACAUAUUUUAACGCGAUCGCAAAAUGUGGUAAAUCUACUAGAGCCAUAAAUCGCGUUGACGCAAUACGUGGUAUAAAAAAGUGAGGGCUAUAUUUUGAAACUAUAGUUUGCUGUUGAAUGCAUUGUAAGACAUUGUUUGAAACGCAAAGAAAAAAAUGUGCUUGUUUCACUUGCAGGGAUUGUAAUUAGACGCGGUAGAAAAAGGUCAACAUGUGCUUUGUGUGGCACGCGUAGGCCAGGUUACCCACGUCCUCGGUCCGUUCAAGAUGGCGACGACUUUACUGAAUUAACUGAAUGAAUUAGGGAAUGUAAACAGUCUAACUGUUUACGAAUGAGAAGGAUUACGCUCCUUAUGAGAAAUUCAUAAAAGCUGCCACUCUUUUUUGAGGCCUUUCUGCAGGGAGACCAAAAACCAUGCGAACUUAUGUUUUUCUCGGCAUGAGAAAUCUGCAAGCAAAUAUUAUUUUUGGUCUGUCGGUUUAAACAUAAACGUGUUUUUAGAUGGUAAGACAAGGAAUAUAUGGUGUGGAGGUCAGUUUAAACGAAAUACUCUGGACUUCAAGAAACUUAUAACUAUACCCAAUUAGAUAAGAACUGUGCGAGUUUAGGCAAAUGUGCAAAUGUGCUUAUAAUAAUCUUAAAACAUUUUUUUUUCAGAGGUGAUGGGUGAAACAAAAGGGAAGAAAAUUGGCACAUUACGUUGUCGUGGGCUCAAGCCUCCUGUUAUCAGGGGCUAUGCAGCCGCCUUUAAUUAUUGGUUCUGUGCGUUUGGGCACACGGAGCAAUACAGCGAAGCCAUUGUUACGGCUGAAGAUGGCUCUCAACGAGUUGUGCCAAAGGGAAAUCCCAUGUCGUCACCUGGUAGGUUAUAAAAUGAUUCAUGUAUAGUCUUACACAUCAGCUUGAUGCUGUUAAAUAUAAAAGGAAAUGCUCAUUUCUCUUCCUGUUUUAUUGACUAUUUCCUUAAUUUUCAUGAGCAUAAUGUUGUCUCUACUCUCUAUGAUAUAGUUUACCCUUGAAUGUUCUCUGCUUCUGACUGGUUUAGUAAUAGUUUGGCUGAUAGUGUUCAUCUGGGGAGGGUACUAUCAGCCCAUAGCACUGGUCAGAGGGUAAUACCUGGAUGGAUAAAAGUCAUCCACAGACUGGAAAACCCCACUAAACUCACUGCAUUUGGUGGGUCUCUUGCCGGUUUUUUUUUUCAUUUUUCAUUCAUUUUUUUUCAUUUGUUAAAUGUCAGCUUUCAAAUCAUUCAUCCAGAAAUUUAAAAAAAUAAUUUAGUGUCAUUGUUUUUAAAAUUGGCAUGCCUUGUCUUGGAACUAUCGGUUUGAUAGCUGCUUCUUGGAAAUUUGAUAUUCUAAAAUCUAGCACGUUAGCUCUUGAAGCUUCAUUUAUCAAGCUAAUAUAUCAAUGAUAGUGUCUACCUGUGGAGGGCACUAUCAUCUUAUAGUGCCUAUCCCAGAAAAAAUGCUCAGAUGGAUAGUGCCCUUCCUUGAAAUUUCCUGUAAACAAGCGGGCCUACAGCCCCAAAAAAACUGACCAAAUUCACUGUAUUUAGUGUAUUUGUUGUCGGUUUUUUUUUUUGUUGUUUGUUAAAUUUCAGCUUUCAAUUGAGUCUUUUAUUCUGAAAAGUAAAAACUAACUCACAAUGCUCAUAUUUAAUUGGGUGCACAUAUCCAAGGGGCAACUAUCAGUCUGAUAGUUGUCCCUUGGAAAUUUGAUGUUCUUAAAACUAGGAUAUUAUCCCUCACAACUUAACCUCUUGGGCUCAUAUUUGUUUUAAGAACAUUAAAUUUCUGUGGGGUAACUAUCAGUAGAUAGUUCCUUGACAGAAACACUUUCGACUAUUGUUUAAUAGUUCCUGUAUGUAAACCAUUUAUUUAAAUAUUUUGAGGAGAAUGUGAUGCUGGUCACCCUCAGGGGUUAAAGAGUUUUGAAUAGGCAGGUUGCUUUAAUUUGCAAUUCACAUUCCUUAGGUCACAAGCACAGAUCGGUGUGUUAAUGAUAUAGUGUUCUAACCCUAGAACAGUUAUCAAAUAGUUGUUUAGGGCUAGGUGAAUUUAUUUAUUAUGUUUAUAUAUAUUAAUAGCACAGCCACCUGUGGAAUGAUGUGUAAAAGAGACCUGCUGGUUUAGAAUAAUUUUUUUAUCUAUGUGUCAUAGAUGUUACUCAGAUGAUAAAGCAGCUUGUGAAGAGGGCUACAAGACCUACUGCUAAGGACACCCGGCAUGGAAGGGUGCCUUAUGAGCCCAAGAAGGCACCACCAUUUACCCUUCAGCAGCUACUGCGCAUGCGUGCAUACUGCCUUAAUACAAUAGAGGUAAUCAGAAAUAAAUAAUAAAAUUAAAGGAGGGAGCAUAACUAGUUGGUAGGGAGGGGUCAGACAUAAUCAUUUUGAGGAAGCCCAUGAGCUCUGUUUUUGUUUCAGGAGAAAAUGGACUAGUAGUUCUAAUCGGUAAUGCUAUGUUAUUCACCAGUACAAUACCUAUCUAUAUGAUAAAAAAUUGUUUACUUUCAUAGGGUUUACGAGGUAUAUGGUUAUGGACUGUUACAUUGUUUUCCUUUGCACUGUUCCUGAGAGGGGAGGAACCUCUUCGUCUCAAGCUGAAGAACUUGAGGUUACCUGCCAAUUUCACCUUAGGUAAUGAUUAGUGUAUAGCUUGUCUUGCACAACAAUGAAGUAUAUGUAACAUUUAUCACAAAUUUAUUUUAAAAGCCAAUUUCAUAAUUUACUGUAUACAUUUUUUACUCCUGACUUGAUAUCUGAAAGGCUGGGCAAGUAAUUACUACUACAAAUCUGUUUUUAUAAAUUUCUGCUUUUGAAUUGUUUUAUUAAUAUUGUUAAUGACCAUUAAUAUAAUAUCUUAUUUUCAGGUGAUCCCAUUACAUUGCCAAAGCGAAUUGAGGUAAAAAUACCAUGGUCAAAGGCAGAUAGAAAAGCCAAAGGUGGGUAUAUAUGUGUUACAGGUCAAAAUUAGCCUUAGGUCAUUUUUCCAACCAGGUUAUUUUUUUUGACCUAGUUUAUUUUUUUAUACUAGAUGUAUAAGUAGAAAUUUAAAGUUAAAACACCUCCCUUCCAUCGCUGUCUCUGAACCUCCCUCCACCAUCCUUCCUCACCCUGUGGAAAAUAUUUCAUAAAGUAUUGCUAAUGAAGUCAUACUCUAAAUGUGUGGUUCCAGAAAAUGUCCAAACUACCCCCACAGAAGGGAUUGGAAAUUCUUGGUGGUGGGGUCUCAGAGACCAAAACCUUUGAAGGAAAUGUAUGAAGCUCAAUUGGAAUUUCUAGGGGGUGAGGGUCUUAUGAAAAAUCUCUUUUGUGGGAUAGGUAGGGAUAAUUUAUGGAACUACACACUACGACGUGAAACAGAGUGUUUUUGAUGAAAUUUAAGGUGUUCAGAUAAAUGAUAUAACACUGUCUUGAGUGUUUAAUAACUUCUUUGCAUUUGAAACAAUGAUAAAUUAUUAAUGAGUUUAAAAAGUUUAUACUGAUUUUUAAAUAUUUUCUUACAACAUGCUGUCAUUAUUCAUGUCUUAGGUAAAGUCAUCAAUAUAAAUAUCAAAUUGUUUAGUGUAAAUGGAAGCAAUGACGAUGGUGUUAGAGUUCCUGGAUCAGUUAUCAAACCUUGCUAAAUCAUGGUAGCAAUUGUAGGUAUUGUUAAGGGGCCCAAGAUAACCUCUAAAAACCCUACAAAAAGGUUUGGUUUGGAAGGGUUUGAGGCGGGCUUUACCAUUCUAAUCAUCAAUCAUUUGAUUUCAGGUGUUACACUUACCCUGUGGAGUAACCCUUUCAACAAACAGUUGUGCCCUGUGACUGCUCUUAUUGCAUGGUUACUUGUAGCAGGUUUGUAA